AAACUAUUCGCGUUGCUUCAAAUGCUGUUCUUUCAAGUUGUAGAUACGCUUUAAACAGCAAAUAUGUUUCUCCAGUUGUCAUUCUGCUUGUGCAUUUAGCAUUAGCUUGAGCUGAUGGAAAAUUCCAUUAAAAAUUUGAGACUGGGUAGCACUGUCACAACGUAUCCCGACAUUCUUUGCCCAAUUUCCUCUAAAAAUAUUCAUCAUGGCGGAUUAGUUCGCAGAAAGAUCCUCAAGAGAAGCGAUUCACAGCAGCACAGCAUGGCUGAUUCUGGCAAGAGUUCUACGAACACCACCACAAACACCAGCUGCAACACAGGCAGCACCUCUCCCACUACCCUGCCAGUCAACGGGAACAACAUGUCCCCAGAGAAAGAAGUGGAAGAAAAUGGGCAUGCAAGCUCCUCAGAAGAUCCUCCCAUAAAAAAUGGCCUUGGAUCGGAGGUCAGUAGUCUUGCUUCAAGCCCCUCUACUCCACCACAAUCCGCCCUUCCACAACAACCAGCCAGGGUCAACUCCCCUGGCCGAUUGUCUCGCAGUCGGGGGAACCAGAGAGCUAGCCCUUCCAGUUUAAAUUACAACAGUGGUGGAGGAGGGGGUGGAGGGGGUGAUAGUCCCAUCACAUCUGGAGGCCCAGGACUACAGAACCCAACUUCAGCUUCUUCUUCAGGCUCACAACAUGUGGUGCAUGUCCAUGUCAACCCAGGCGAGACCUUCUCAGUUCGGCUUGGCGAUCAAAUCCAGCAUAUUCAGGGGCCCGCCACCGUGCGGAUGGUGUCCAGUAACGGCCCGCCCGUGCCCAUGCCCAUGCAGGUGCCACCCGGCCACAUGGUGCAGCAGAUCGUCGACGAGAACGGCAUACUGACGCACGUCAUCCUGUCGCCGCAGCCGCUGCCCGGCGCACCCCUGACGGUAGGAUAUUACGGCGGGCCUAGCAACGCCACACAGUAUUACCCGGCACCCUACGCUCAUCACUACCCUUCUGCACCUCCUCAGUACCCGUCUCAUCAUCACCCUCAUCCGCACACUGCCCCACAUAGCGUCCACCCGCACAUACAUUCGGGUAUGCCCCAUAUACCGUCCGCACCCUCUCACGCCUGCACCAACCAUAUCCCAGGCCAUCCCGGUGCCAGUCCACCGCUCAACUCACCGGAGGACCGGAACAUUCGACAGAGAAACAAAGUGCGUAAGAGACUUCAGCAACGGCGGACUCCCGAGAACUUCUACACACAACAGACUCGACCCCAGGCAGGCAAAGACGGGGUGGAGGUGGUAAAUGGGGAAGUAGCUCAUGGAAAUGGUGGCCAUGGUGGCAGUCACAUGAUUGUAGAGAACGGUCCAGUAGAACCUGAGGACAACAGCCUUAUAAUUCAGAAUCUGUCCAGCAUGCUGCCUCCUAAGGUGACAGAUAUAGAGGCUCGCAGUGCUCUCAUUCAGUUAACACCACCAGACUGCGAUGUUCCUGAUAUGGAGAUGGAUGUAGCUGACUGCAAGUAUGAGCUGCUGCUUUCUGACAAAGGUCGUGAUGCCAAAUACAAAGCAGUGUUUUGUGGUGAUGCAACAGAAAUCACACUGAAAGACUUAAAGCCUGCAGUAGAGUAUCAUUUAAAGGCGUGUGCUUUGCUAAGUGAAGAACUGAAGGGUGUUUAUACAGAUCCUGUGAGUUUUCGCACAAUAAUGUGUGAACCAGACCGCCCACAGCCCCCAAAGCUUUCAAGCAAGACUAAAACCUCUCUGUCCCUCAAAUGGAAUUCAACAUGUGAAAAUGGCUCCAAAAUAUCAACAUAUUCUCUAGAAUAUGAUCAAGGCCUGGGAGAUAACUCCUUUGUGGAGAUUUAUAAUGGGCUGAGUCGUACAUAUCGUGCUAACCGCCUCAAUGCAUCCACAAGAUACCUCUUUCGCCUCGCUGCCAUCAAUGGAGUUGGGAAAAGUUCGUGGAGUGAGCCAGCUGCCUUCUUCACUAGUGGCAGUGUGCCAUCUCAGCCGGACCCUCCCAUGUUGUCCGAGCAACUGAUCACUUCCUUAACACUUUCCUGGAUCAAACGGCCAAAUGACGAUGAGUUUUUGCUUCAAAUGGAGGACGAAGAAGCAACAGGUCAUGGAUUUAUGCCUGUAUAUAAUGGUCCUAACCUGUCCUACUCCAUACACAACUUGAGGCGGAACACAGAAUACAAGUUCAGAUUAUCAGCAAAGAACGAUGAAGGACAGAGCAAGUGGAGUGAUGUAGUCAAUUUUAAAACCCUGCCUGGUCGCCCUGCUGCACCCAAUAAACCACAGAUAAAAGGCAAAGUCCAAGCUCACUCUUUCCGAAUCACAUGGGAACCCCCAACUGAUGAUGGUGGUGCUGAAAUUACAAAAUAUUUUGUGGAACUGGAUGAUGGACAAGAAGGAGGUUACGAGACUGUUUACGAGGGAUCAGAGAGGGAGCAUCAGUUUGAACAGCUGACACCUGGACACACAUAUCGUGUACGUGUGGCAUGCUGCAGCAGCGGGGGACGUAGUGAUUUUUCUGAUUGCUGUGUCACCACUACCCAGCCUGUACCACCUGGGCAGUGUCAAGCUCCUAAACUCCAAGGAAAACCCAAAGCCACUUCUCUCCAUCUACGAUGGGCCUACCCAGAUUAUGAUGGAGGGUCUACAGUGACAGCAUUUGCAGCCCAAAUGAUCUCUCCAGAUAACAGCACUCGGGAGGUGUACAAAGGUCAUGACUUGGAUUGUAUUGUUGCUGGACUGUUGCCUGGGCGACCAUACCUGUUUCAAGUUCGUGCAUACAACAGAGCAGGGGCAGGACCAUGGUCAGAACUGCUUGAGGUGGUCAGUGGGGCAGGGGCACCAUAUGCCCCAAAGUCUGUGCAAGUGGUGUGCCGGUCACCCCACAGUGCUGUGGUCAUGUGGGAUGAACCAGUCAACAAUGGUGCAGCCAUAAGUGAGUACAGGCUCGAGUGGACUCAGCGGCCAGAUUUCCAGGAUUUUACUCAACUCUACGUGGGACCAAACUUAAAUUACGAGGCCAAGGGUCUAAUGCCUGCAACCACCUAUACCUUUCGGGUCCAAGCAGUCAACAGUGCUGGAACAGGACCCUACUCUCCAGCCACUUCCUGCACCACACCUCCAUCCAGUCCUGGUAUGGUGAUGUCUUUGCGGUGCCAGCCAGGACCAACAUGGGUUCAGCUUUGGUGGCGGUCUCCACCUUGCAAUGGAAGUGAGAUUAUCUCUUACAACGUCUACGUUUCAGACAAGCAGCCCAUCACUGUUGAACCGGUGACAGAAUACACAUUGGAGGGCCUUCAGCCAGAGACCAGCUACAAGUUAGUGAUCAGAAAUAGCAUCGGUGUGGGUCCCUUCAGCACACCAACUAAAGUGACAACCCGAGCUCUGCCACCUAGUCCACCACGGCUGGAGUGUUUAUCAGUGGCCCCAAAUAGUCUCAAACUGAAAUGGGGAGAUGGGCGCAAUCCAGAUAUGGUCCAGUACACGUUGGAGAUGGAAAAAGAAGAUGGAAGCUUUCAAGCAGUCUACUCUGGUCCUGCCCACACGCACAAGGUGAACCGGCUUGCAGAGAUGACAAACUACGAGUUUCGUAUCUUUGCUAGUAAUGAUGCUGGUCAUGGGCCGUACUCAGACACUGUCACCUUCAGCACCACAAAAGCACCACCACCUGCUCCUAAAGCCCCACGAGUACAUCAACUUCAGCAACGAAGCUGUGAAGUAGAGUGGCAGGGAUGCAAGGCUCAGGGUUCAGAUCCGGUGGUGUACAUCUUACAGCUUCAGAAACCAUACUCCACAGAUCAUGAGUACCGACAGAUCUACCGAGGACCCAACACUCACUUUAGCUUGGAUGGGCUGGAGCCCAGUACAGAGUACCAGGUUCGAGUAUGUGCUGUGCGAGAAAGUUGUGACGGAUCUGCCAUGGAUAUCUUGGGACCCUUCUCUCCUGGCACGCAUUUUACUACCUGUGCCCCAGAGCCUCCACGUAAGACAACUGUACAAGAAUUGGAUCACAGGUCAUCAGAGCCUAGGCAGUGGACAGACCAGCAAUGGGCAGCAGUGAUUGUGAUUUGCUUUGUGGUGCUGGCUAUUUUAUUGGCCUUUGUGGUCAACCAGGUUAUGACCUACAUGGGGUACUCCACCUCUGUCUCAGCCUCCUCAUCAUCCCCUUCUCCUCCUAAGACAAACUGAGGGCAUUUCUGUUUUUGUUUUUUUUUUGUAUCUGUCUAGGAGGUUGAUCAUUGCUGGCAUACUUCUGAUCCACCAGGUGGAGACCCACUUUUGGAUGGAGACUUCAAGAAUGUGCUGGCAGCAGAUAAACAUGAUUUCUGUGAAUCUUUGGUGUGAAUCGCCAUCAAAAAGUCCAUUGGGCUUUCUUGCAUCCUGUGACGGAUUAUUUGCUGGUGGUCAGGGUUUAUCAGUUACUCAAAGAAAAGCUAUAAUGCUUUGUGCAGCCUAUGAAUGAAACAGAGGCCAGGAUUUAUUGGUUACUUUAAAGCACAAGUUAUUUGCUGUGUGCAACAGAUGUUUGACAGCACAGUGUACAAGUUUGUGACAUGGUCAGCAACUGAGACAUGAGCAAAGUUAACAAGUUUUACGACAUGCACGUGCUUAUGUGUGUAGAAGUGCAAGCACUCGUGCAUACAUGUGCACAUGCAUCAUGCCUGCACACAUGAACUCACUCUCACACACACACAUGAAAUUUGGUGCUCAUCAGCUUGUUGUGGUAGAGGGGGAGCAUCAAGCAACAUAAGAAGCAAUCAUUAUGAAAUUGGAAUGUGUGAUAUUUUGUCUUAAACAAGUGGAUCAUGGUGCUUAGAGAGUGUUGUCGAGAAAUGUCAUUGUGGGAACAGUGAGGAGUGAAUUACAAGGGCACACAAAAAGUCCCAGCAAGACACGGUCUGGUUGGGUGAAGUGGCAAUGGUGACCAGCAUGCAUACUGGUGACCCCUGCGCCACAUCCAAGAUAUGGCAAGCUGAGCAGAAAGUUUGUGGUUAGACCAAAAUCACUUCUGUUGACUCUGUUGUUGUCGGAAGAGCUUACCUUUGUCUCAGCUUGCUCAACUGUUGUUAAUGUUGCUUGUUUAAAAAGAUUUAUCGCAAACAUGUUGCUAAAUUACAAAUCUCCAAAAUAUGAAGUCUGUGUUGGGAGGUGUGUGCUUGUCAGAAUGCAUGUUUCUAUGUACAGCCCCCAGGUGGUGUGCAAAAUCUCCACAGAAAUUUCUUUACAAAAUGGUGAGGAAUUUUGUUUUCCUUUUUUUGUGGGACUUAUGGGGAUUAGGGAUUUUAUUCUUUUCUUCUAAAUUUUUUCCCACUCUACACUCUCAAAUACAACCUAUUGUAUGUUCAUGGACAUUCAUGCACACACACUUAUUUGUUACUGUUAUCAAAGUUUGCUGAAACUGUUUCCCCCAGUUUUGAUGCCAUUUGUCCAAAUAAAAACAGUAAAAAUUGUCCUACCCCUUAUAAAGUACAAAGUAUCCUGUAAGGGAUAUACAUUUAUAGUAUUAUUUCCUAUUUGGAAAGAGGAGAAAAUAUUUUUUCAUUUCUAUUGAUGAGAUAUUGUAUGAACAUUUUGAUCUGAAUUUUUUUUUAAGCUCGCUUAUCUUUUAAAGGUGGAACUUAUUGUGGGUGGUUUUUUAAAAUGGUUUUGCCAGCGCAAGGGAAGGUAGGAAAACAUGCGUAGUAGUAAUUGGAGACGACUGACCGCUAGUUGUCAGUACGCGUGUACUCCUACCUUCUCUCACACCAGCAAAACCAUUCUCUACAUUUAGUAUGAAGAAAUUCUGGCUUUAACCAGAAGGAUGUAGUAAAGUUGUGUUGGGGCUUGUCUGAAAUAUCCAUCAGUUGUGAAAGAUGGACGCUAUUUCAUAUGGUCUUGAACAAGCGACCAAGAGCACAAACCAUUAUUUUUACACAGUUUUGUGAUAGAAAACUUUUACUUUAUUUUAUUUUGUUAAACACUGCAUGAGAAAUUAAGCCUUGGGUUUUGAUUCGGUUUAUCUGUGCCCAAAAAGUAAAGUUUUGUUUGUCAUGUUCAAUUUUAUAUGGUAACGUUUUUUUCAAUCUGGUGUAGGGACCUAGACAAUGAAACCACUGCCUUUUAUUCCCUUCUGACUUGGAGCUCAUAGGGGAGGGGAAGAUAACUAUGACAUUGCCACUAGCAAGUAUCAUCACAGGUUUUCGUGAUUCUGCAGUCAUCAAGCCAGCAUUUUUUUGUGGCAUGUGAUUUAGCCUUAAGAUGUGAUCAUACGGGAGCAAUGCCCCAAACUGUGUUGAAGAUUGUUAAGAACAUACAGGAAGUAAUUAGAACUAUUGUGGUUUCUUCUACCUAGCUGCAAGACUUUUAUUUCUUUGAAAUUAUUCUGGCUGUUAUUUUAUCAGGUAUUUAUUUGGUGCCAGGAUUUUUUUUUCAGGUUUUUAGUAUGUUUGGGCUUUUUUUUGUGUUAGUAUCCUUAAGGUUGUUGGCUAAAUAUAUUUUGACUAGUGUUGCUACACCUCAUUGACUGAUGCAUGCACACAUGCCUGCACGUACAGGUGUGCAUGAAUAUGUGUAUAUGAAUGCAUACAUCAUUUUGCUUUGUACGUUAAGGAUCACCAUUACAAAGAUCCAAGUACCGUUGAGCUGAGAGAAUUUUGUUUCGGGGUCACAUGGUACACAGGUACAUGGCAGUGAGGAAGGUGCCGUGCUGUAUUUUGUUAGCAUCUCAAGUUACAUUUCACAGUUACAGAUUUAUCAUUUUGCCCUUGGUGGUGGGGUGUGCACAACUGUAAAUGUACUUAAAUGUGUUUGUAUGAGAAAGAGAGCACUUUUGCUUGCUUGCAUGUUUGUUCUGAGAUGCACAGUGUAGCUUCCUCUCAGGUUGAACGGAGUCUGCUGGCAGCUCCAUAAGUCUCCUUUGUUUUAUCUGGAGACUGGAGAGUGAUGUCAAGUUGGUCAAAGGCAUUGGUGCUUAUUGCCUUGAAACCCAUGGCAUAGUUCCCAGUGGCAAGUUGUCCCCUUUCAUGUAACUGUUUGAAAACAAAAAUGUAUUUCUGUGUUCAUGUUGUUUUGAUGUGUUUGUAUCUUUUAAGGACCACUACCUUGCACAACUAAUUGAUUUGAAUAGUUUAUCUUUUAAAGAAUAACUUUUAUCUGGUGAAGUUUUCAAUUUGCUCAUGACUUGUAGCAAAUUAAAUUAGUUUUAAAACUGACAACCUUAUUUAAGGAAAAGCAUUUUAUUUGUCAGGUUAACAGGCUUUGCAGAAACUAGGAAUCUGAAGCUGUAGCACACCAUGAUAGUAAAUUUAGAUUUGUGUUUAAAUAACUCAUUCAUGAGGACUAAGUCACUUUUAUGUUAUUUUUUGGUUGGUUUCACUGUGGGUGGGGGUGGUUGUGUAUAUUUUGGUUAUUAGGAUUGUCUGUUCUGAGACAAAUCGACUUGCGGUUUCUUAUCUUUAUCUUUUGUGUGUGUUUCCUUUUAUGAGCCCUGAAUUUUCACAUCGUGCAAACCAAGAAACCAUAUGAACUGCAGUUUGGUAAUGCAAUCAAUCACCUACCCUGUGUGAGGUUGGCUGACAGAAUCUCAUUAGAGAUUUCAACAUGACUGACAAUCCUUGCUGAAGAUGAAGGCAUCUUGUUGAUGAAUGGAAGAGAUGCAUGUUGUAUUGCCUGCCUGUUAUUAAAUAGAUCAUACCCUAAGGGUUGUAAAAGAGCUGAAAUUUUAGGUGCAGCGAAAGUUAAUCAUACAGGCCUCUGUACUGCCCACUUUACCUUGGAUUUAUUGCUUUUAUAUUUAAAUAAAAGUUCUCAUUUUUUUUAAUUGAACCCAGCUGGAGAAGUUUUCUAAUAAGCAACAGGUUAAAGAAAAUAUUACAGCAGACCUUUUAAUAGAAUUCAACAACUUUAGGUUGGACAAAUCUUAUGAGCAGUUAGAAGUGGACACCUUAAAACAUUUGUACAUUCAAGCGCCAACUGAGUGGACCACACUUGAUGAUCCCUUCAGCACAUUAAACAGGCUUGUAUGAUGGCAUUUUCCAAACCCAUAGCUUUAACCUGUAACAUAAAAACACAUACAUCAGUAAUUUUAAUUGUCUGUGAUACCUGUAGUCUUGGCAUUUUCUCAGAAUCAAUAAAAAAAGAUUCACUUCAUCUUUUUCUGCAUGGGCUUGCAUGUAACAUCAAGACUGAUAGCCACAUGUCAGAAUAAUCCAUUUGAACAUUUUCCCAGAAGAUGUUAAAGUACUUAACAUUAAAGCUUGCUGGAAUAUUUUUAGUCAUUACUAUUAUGGUUGUGUCUUUUUUUUAAGCAGCUUUAGAUUGAAACUUGACAAUGAAGUCAGUAAGGCUGAUUACUUGGCUUAAGAUCAUUUUUUUAUUAUUUCUUGUCAAAUUUCCUGAGUUCUCUCAGGGCUUGCUUUACUGAUAUAUUUCCCAAAGCAAAGAAACAGUAUGCAGAUAUUUUUACCAUGUGAACGUACAAAUAUUGAGCAUGAAGAAAUGUUGCCCUUAUUUUCUUUAAAUAACAUCCCUUUUUUCAUACCGCACAAAAAUAAGUGCGUCCAAGUGCAGAAGUGCACAAGCUGGUUGUGCAGUGCAAGAUGUUACCCUGCUGCUGUAUUUUCUGUAAACCAAGCUUUCUGUUGCAUUUGUUAGACGUGUACUUGUUCAUGUAUAUAAAUAUAUCUGAAGCAAAGCAGUGUAUUUGGGUGAUGCCUGCAUAUGCAUACAAAAUAUCACAUGUUGAAGGCUUGCAUUAAAAACAGUUAAAUAGGAGGCUGCAGAAAGACAUGUCUGGGGGGGAAAACUGGCUGCUCUUUAAAAUUAGACUGACAACAGGUUAAUAUCACCUGAAAAUGUAAGUGCCAAAAAAAAAAAGAGAAUGCAGAUAACAGACCAGUUGUUCUUAGAUGUGACUUUAUCUAAAGUGAUGUUGCCAGUGGCAAACUGACUUGUUUGUACACAAAGAAAAUACAGCAUUACCUAAAUGUAUGCAUGUCUGUUGAUAAUAGAAUGGACAAAAUAUUCUCAGUAUGGUCUAGUUUUGCUGAUGUGCCUCUCGAUGUAUCAUUUUACAUGAUAAGAACCUCAGACAACCCGCACACAAGCAGUUUGUCCAUAUUCAAGUGUUUUUCAGUAUUCUGUUGAAGGAGUAUCUAGCUGAAGCCCAAUCUGUCUCAUUGAAUGUUUAUGAUCUAUUAAAUAUUUGCUGGGAGCUCUUCCAUGCAGAUUUUUUUAAUGGCUUGAAGAUAGCAUUGGUUUUCUACCUGUGACAAACUAAUGCCUCCCAAAAAUUAUAGUGCUCUGAAUAUUUUAUCACAAAAUGUACAGGAUGGCAGUGGAUGUUUUUUCAGCCUUAAAUGAGAAGCUUUUGUAAUGUUCAAGGAAUGCUGACAGUGUUCCCAGAGCCAUUCUGCUGCUAAUUUUUAGACCAAGUCUGCAUCAAAAGUGUACAAACACCUUUCAGCUUUAUUUAUGAGCGUUGAUUGUGCUGUAAGUAAAUACAUUUUCGGGGAAUUUGUUCACUUCCUGUUAGUGAUUUUUAAGUUCGUGUCUUAAGAUGGGGGAAAAACCCGUAUAUUUUACCAUUUGCUUUGUUAGAAUAUGGAGGCCUAGACAGAAAACCUUGAGAUAUUAGAUGAUGAGGUUUUCAGAAAGGUUGAAAUAUAAAUUCGUCAAACAAGUUUUGGCUAUGAUGAAUUUAGACAUAAAGUCGGCAAUGUGUAACUGACUCAGACUAAUGUCAGUGUAGAAGUAAGGUGACAAGACAUGAAUGUCUUGUUGAUAACAAUUGCAAAUUACCAGGAUGUUUGAGUUUGAAUGAAUACGAUGAAACUUUGUCUCUUUUUUUCUCUCCCCUCCCCCACUCUUUUUUUUCCCACCUACUUUGUGAACAUGACCCUGCGCAGGGCAUGUCCUUGCUUCCAGCAUGCACCAAGAGUGCAUAUGGCUAGGUGAGCAUCCUGCAAUCAUGCAAUUAAUUAUCCAUGUUGCUGGUCCAGGAGACUGUACACUGGUUGGUUGAACAGCUGGGCUUCUUUCAUAGACCUGCUUUUAAUGAUGGUGAUUUGCAUGGCACCGAAGUUGCAUCAAUAGCUUUUUUUUUUUUUAAAUGUUGCCAUGGUAAUCUUGUAUGCUCAUUCAGAGCAAGACUAGAUGAAUGCAUAUGGGAGAAAUGUAUUUCACAAGUACAGUUACAAAUUAUUGCUAAAUAUUAUGUACCAACAAUCAUAUAUAAUGUAUAUUAUUGUGAAUUGUAUCAUGUUUUGGAAUACUGCUUGUUUCUUGUGAUAGUGGUAAAAUUUGGCACGAGGCAACAUUCAAAUUAAAGGAAUCCCACACCCCUAAAAACAUCCACUGCAUACUGUUGCAACAACAUUUGACAUAUACAGAAAUGUCAGUGUAUGUAUAUGCAUGCACACACACACACAGAACCCUAGUCAUGUGUUCAUUUGCUAGUCAAUGGGAAUAAUUUUUGGUGGAAAAACAAAGAUUUUUUUUUUUUUUUGAGAAUGAUUGUCAUGGUGAGGACAGAAAUACCUUGGAAAUCUUAUAUUUUGCAAGUCUCUUUAUCAAGAGCUACUUGAUCCCCUCCCCAUCCAAAUGAGAUUGUCACUCUUUCUUUUUUUCUUGUUUCUAAAACAUUCUCAGUUUUUAUUGCAUGGGCCUUGAUAACUUUCAUUUAAAGCUUAAGGUAUAAGACAUUGUCAUCUGACAGCUUGUGACAAUUUUGUAGUUGAAUGUUGCAGUGUACUAUCUGCUUACUACUUCUGUUAUACAUAUUACAUAAGGUACAGAAUGUUGAUUUAUGACCUUAGUCUGCAGCUAGGUUGUCAAAAAAUGCACAAAUCACUUUAAUAGGCAAACAGUGUAAUUAUUAGUUGUGUAAAGCAUAUGCAGAAGACCAUCAAAAGUGCAUUUGAUGACCUGUUUAUGGAUGUGACCAGUGACGUGAACUUUCAAAAUUUUCUUAGGACUUUAAAAAAAAAAUUUUUCCUUUAGUAAUUGACAAAAGUUGACAUAUAGUUUGCCUGAGGAUGAAUUUAAGAUCGUUGAUCAUUGUUCUUGAGCAUGUGCUUGGUGCAGAGUAUGUAACAUCUUUUCAGUGAAUGUGGAUAGAAGAGCUACAUUUGUGGCAACAUAGUAAGCAUUAUUUGAGGUAGGUGGCUCUAUAGUGCUUGGAUCUGGAAGGGUCUUUUCAUUCUGGAAUGUCAGCUUAGCAUAUUUGGAAUGCUGCUAUUUCUUUUUUAAGGACAGCUCUCCCUGCCUGAAAUGUUUUAGCUUACUCUAAUGGCACAAAGUAUAGAAAAAAAAGUGAAAGCAGCUUGAGAUGUGGACCAAAAAUUUUUCUGUACAAUUGACUGUGCUUGUCACACAAACCUAUGUUACUUGUGGAUCAAUGCAGUUGAGACAUAAUCUGUAUAAUUGCUGGCGAUAAUCUUUUGCCCCAAGACAUUCAACUGAUAUGAAUAAAAUUUUGAAGUGGAUGCAUUUCCUUACAUUGAAUGCUUUGGUCCUUUGUCAGUAUGGCUGCAUCCUUCUUGUGUACUACAGUGGUUUCUCACAACUGUUGAGCUGUUACUUAUAUUGUUCUAUGAUCAGAGUUUAUUGUCUGCGUUUUCAUAACAUUUUUUCCUUGUUAUCAGAUACUGACUGAUGUAAAGAGCCAAAACAAAUGCCAGAGCAUGGGAGUGGUAGGGGGAAAAGCAUGUGUGUUUGUGAGUGUGAAUGCACAUGCUUGUGUCUAUGUUAUUUUUGCCUAAUCAUGGCUAGAAAUGUUGCCUACUCAGGUUGUGUUCUUUAAAGCCGAGUGCUAUUUGAUAAUCAUUUGGACUUGAUGUACUAUGAUUAAGGGGAAGCAGAUAGCCAGAUGAUUAGAGCAAUGGUGUUUAAACCCAGAGAUACCCACAGUUGACCCAGAGGAUGUGGAAAGGUAAAGCAGCCAAAGAGAGGAGAUGGGACACCACACUCUCACUAAAAGCUGACCCUAAGAAAAAUGUGGUCACUAACACCUCACUCCCCAACAAUCUGAAAAGGUUAGGGGACUAUCUUUAUCUUUUUUUACCUUGAUGUUGGGUACCUGGAUGAUGCUGAUGGCAUUUGACCCAAGUGUUACUUACCCGGUUAGCCUCUAGCAACAUAUGACUGUACCAAAGGGGCAACAGUUGUCCUAAACAUCAAAGCGUGCCUCCCUCACCAAACAUUUUACCUGCAGCCUGCUUAAUGAGCUAAAAUCUUUAAGCUAUUAUUGAUCUUCUUGGUUAGUAGACGUUAACAUUUAAAACUUAAUUUAUAUAAAAUUUAAGGGAAGACAACUGCCAAAUUUUCAUCUCUUCAUCAACAUGUGACUAAAGUUUCCACUUUCUGGUUUAUUAUUAUAUAGCCUGAUAAUCAUUUUUUUUUUUAAAAAAGGCUGUAUUGUAAUAUCAUAUGCUUGUAAAAUUUGCACAAAUUGGGUCCUGUUGAAUUAUAAUGCAGUGAACUUGAGUGGUAACUAGACGUGGAUGGCAGAGCCAACUUUGUCGAUUGUUUUUUUAAAAAAAGCUUUGUUGUGCAUUGUUGAUAAUGCUGGAAAAGUGGAUUUCACUGAUAUGUUUACCAGCAAGAUAGCUCCCAGGAUGAGAGGUGAUAAACAGUUCUUUGAGCAGUUGCAUCUGAAUAGAGAAGGAAAAUUUCUCCUCCGAAAGAUUUUUAUUCAUAUAUAUUGCUAGCCUUUUUCCAGUCCAUAAAAUUAAUGUUUCUUCUUGCUUCCUACAGAUUGUAUUGAAUAAAAACUUGCAUUUUUCAAUUUAAUGGUUAAGGUCAUGUUGUACAAUGUUAAGUGCUUCUAGGGAAGUUUUCUGUUUUUAUUCCUUCCAUUCUACCCUCUCACAAUUUUUGAUAGCCUUUAAGGAAGCUUUUUUCCUCCCUUUUUUAUAAGUCGGUUAGUUGUUAAGUCAGUAACAGCUUGUGUCAGAGUUUUGUAGUGAUGGUGGUAAAGCUUAAAGCACAUUUUUAUUGCUUGUGUAGUGCUCUGGGCAAACCUGAUCAACAGAGGGUUCCAGGAGCUAUGAAAUGAAAACUGGCAAAAAUGUUGCUCUGCUUAAAUUUGUAAAUUACUCGUCCUUUUUUCCCAACCAUAAGCUUAUGAAACUGCUUUAUGUACAGGUGUGGGGGCAUCCAUUACUUUCAGCUGGUUUAGGUUUGUCAAAAUUAUACGAUAAGAAACUGUUGAAAAAAAAAAAAUUUUGUAAGUGAAAAAUAGUUUACUUCCCUUUUCUGCUCCCAGUCCCAUUUCCUGGAAUGUGCACAUGGAAUAGUGUGCACUGUUGAAAGCUAAGCUACAUAAUUGCUCUAGUCCACAUAUCUGUUUAUGUGUAUGCAUGUUUGUAUUUUUUGUAUGCAUGUGUGUGGUGUGUUUGUAUGUAUGUACAUAAUUUUAGUAAGCUGUUGGUUCAACUGCAAGACAUUGUCUUAAAUGUAGACUAUCUCUUUUCAAAUUAGUCAUAUUUAUUCUGUGAUGUUGGGUCAUCAGUGAAUACACACACAUAUAUAUAUUAUAUUCUAUCAAUAAAAGUUUCAAUGCUCA